ACUGUGCGUGUUAUUUACUCCUCGUACUGUCAGUAGACAACACCCAACAAGUCUGCCUUAUCGGGAAAAUGUCUGAAGUAAAGGAAGUGGACAUUUACAGAGACACCCCUGUACGUCUCUUAGGAUAUGCAAAUGAAGUCGGAGAGGCAUUUAGGGCCCUGACACCUCUGUGGUUUGUGCGUUCAACCUAUGGCGUUGCAUCAGCAUAUGUGAUAGCUGAUACUUAUGACAAGUCUUCCAAAAUGAGCAAGCAACCAGGUGCAACACAACGUGCUAUCACACAUGCAGCUGUAGAUACUCUGGUAUGGCAGGCAUUUGCAUCUGUUAUUUUUCCAGGUUUCACCAUCAAUCGAGUGUGUGCAGCAUCUUUGCUUGCCAUGGCACGAGCUAUCCCAAAAGUACCGCUCACAACUCGUAAAUGGAUAACCACUGUCAUAGGCUUAGGGUGCAUUCCUUUCAUUGUCCAUCCAAUUGACUCUGGUGUUCAUUUUGUUAUGGACAAAUCAGUCAGGAAGUACAUGGACUUGGCUCAAGGGAAGAGGAAUAAUAAGUUUCAUGCUUCAACUUUCUACAACAUCUUCUCAUUAGAGAACCUUUUUAAUGUAAGCAUUUCAGCAGCCCAAAAUAUAUAGUUUCCUAUUUUUCUG